AUGCCCGCCGGCGCCCGGACUUUCGCCUCUGAGGAGAAAGCCGGAACCCCACUCUCCCUCUCACUAUCUGAACCCGGCAAGAUGGCCGCCUCGGCAAUCUUCGGCGGAUUCCGCCGUCUCCUCCUCCUCCCCACGAUCCUUACGGCCCUUCCCAUCCGAACAGCCCCUCGGCCACCAACGAACCCUCUCGGCAAUUUCCGCCAUACACCUCCGUCCCUCCCAGGGAGGGGAUGCUGGCUGCAGAUCCUUGCCCGUGCCGUCCCCCUCGCCCGGGCAGCCCCAUCCCCAGUUCCUCCCGCUACCUCUGUCUCUGUUUUUGCACAAGAGGCCGCCCGGGUACAUUCCAGGGGGAUUUGCAAUGAGCUGCCGCCUCAGAGGAGCGGGGGCUGGGAAUGUUGCUGUGAGUCAGUCACUGCUGCAAUGAGCCGGGGAUUGCUGUGUGUCUGCAUCAGUCAGUCUUCAUUGUGCAUUCAUCCUGCCGCCUGGCUCUGCUCCCCCACCCCCAGCCCCCCGCAACCCUUACUCCUCCUCCCUCCCUCCCUCUGUCUCUCUCUCUCUCUGCAAUCUCCAAUGCCUCCUUCUCUCUUUGAUGAACGGCUGGUGGUUCAGGUACUGCAAAGGCCCCGGACACUAGCACUGCAUCUCAACAAGACAGCACGUGUGGGGAGGACCCAUCUGUCCCCCAGCCUGGACAGCCCUGAGAUUACAGACCAGGUUCUGGGGCUGGAGAAGGCACAGGCACAGGCUGAGAGCAGCAGGCAGUUCAGCCCAAAGUCAGUGGAUAGCCCGCCACUGGAUAUUAGGGUCUCCGUAGGCCUGCCCCCACAAGACGUGGACAGCUUGCAGCUCUCCUUCAGGUCCCUGAGGAAGGCUUCCUUGGUUGGUCAGCAGCCCGGCCUCAGGGAGAGGGACAGUCCUUUGGAGGAGAGGCACGGGGCAUCCCAAGCGCGUGGGGGUGCCUGCCUGCCUAGCCCCAUGCCGUCCUGCCUCAGUGCCAUGAAGCCUCUGAGGGGCAGCUGCUGGGGCUGCUGGAAGUUGGUGAGCCGUGAUGAGCCGGUCUCCAGCUCCUGCCUGUCAUGCAGAGCUGGCCUCAGGACCCUGGGCUGUGGGCCGGCUCUCCGGAGAGUGGGCUGCUUGCCAAGCCUGCGGGCCAUCAGCUGCCUCACCUGCGACCCCUCCCUAAGGUCUGUCAGCUCCUCUUGCAGUUUCUGCAGCAGUGACCCCAUAGUGACCUUCAACCCCCGGGGCUCCAAGGCCAGCAAGGUGGAGGAGGCAGAUGACAAGAAGGAGGAGGAUGACUACAAUGCCCACACCAUCUGGCCAGAGGAGCUGGCCAAGAAGAUGGGCAGCACCAAAGUCCAGCAGCAAUCAGCUGUUAUCCUGGACUGUCGCAAUCUGGUGGAAUUCACGAAGAGCCAACUGCAGGGUGCCAUGAGGAUCGGCUGGUCAGAGGGCCCAGGGAGGGGUGUGCCCGACCAUGGGGGGCUGACCGUUUUUGAUCUCCUCUCCAAGAACCAAGAGGCCAAGCCGCCGUGUGGAACAGCCUGGCACCAGCAGGCCAGCAGCUCCAAGCCAAGAGUCCGGAAUCCCAGCAGAACCCUCACUCCACAGUCUCUCCACUUGAUCCUGGAUUCAAUCCACAGGGAGGACCGGGACGGGCGAGAACCUGGGUAUGAGAAGGAGGUUACAGCGCCCAGCUCUGCAUCAAUGAGGCCACGGGAUGAAGGGAAGGAGGUGUUCGAAAGGUCAUAUGGAGAAUGUGAAGGCACACUCCCCUUGACCCCUGACAUUGAAAAUGCCGAGCUGAGCCCCAUCCUGCCGUUCCUGUACCUAGGGAAUGAGCGUGAUGCCCAGGACCUGGUCAGGCUGCGCCAGUUAAAUGUGGGAUAUGUCAUCAAUGUCACCACCCAUCUUCCCCUGUACCAUGCACAGACUGGCAGUGUACACUACAAGAGGCUGCCAGCAACUGACAACAGCAAACAGAACCUCCGCCAGUACUUCGAGGAGGCUUUCGAAUUCAUCGAGGAAGCCCACCAAUGUGGCAAGGGGGUUCUAAUCCACUGCCAGGCAGGAGUCUCCCGUUCUGCCACUCUGGUCAUUGCCUACCUGAUGAAGCACACGCUGAUGACCAUGACAGAUGCCUACAAAUAUGUAAAGGGCAAACGACCCAUCAUCUCUCCCAACCUCAACUUCAUGGGGCAACUGCUGGAGUUUGAAAUGGACCUGAACAAGGGUCUCACGCCCCGGAUUCUCACGCCAAAACUUAGUGGACUCGAGACCGAGGUGUAGGUAUCCCCCACAACAUCCCCACCGUAGACCCCAACAAAUUCCGGGGCUGAGCAAUGAAUCUUAACUGGAGGCAAAACUGUCUCUCCCUCACUCUCUCUCCAACAUGGAUAACCAACCACCUCCCAUUUCAAAGGAAACUCCUUCUCCGUCUCCUGUUCCAGCCGCGACACUGCGAUCAGAAUCUGAGAAUUAAUCAUCUGAGCUCCAGCUGGUCAAGGGAGAACUCCUGGCUGGAUUUGAUUAAUUGGGAGCUGGUUGAGUGAAAGAGUCAUUUUAUUUCAUAUGGGGUUCCUUUGGACUUGACUGUGGGAUGGGGUUUGGUUGGAGUUAUGGGUGGGAAGGUGAGGGUUUGGAAUGGGAUCUUUCUAUUGAGACAAUUACUGUGAAACUGAUCAAACUGAUCCAAUGUCUUCCCCAGAGGUGCGCCUGUAUGUGUGGACAUUGCCUGCUGGAUAGGAUACAGUGGCAUUGCAACCAGAUGUCUGUAACCUGCACUGCCUUCCUUUGUCUUCCCCAGGGUGAUGUGCCACUGGUGCCCCUACUCAUCCCUGAAGUUACUCCCUCGACCGCUGCCCUGGUGCUAGGCUCUCUCCAAAUAAUAUUUUUCUGAAGCUCCAAUACACAUGCCCUAACAAGACCCCCAUAUCAGCAAGCAGUAAACCUCACUGUGGACUAAUGUGACUUGGACCCCUAUCAGUGUGGGAGUGGGACCCUCACAAUUGGGGAAUUGGACCCUGACACUGGGGGAGUGGGAUCAUGAUCAGUGGUGGAUCUGGGACCUUGACAAUGGGGAAACUGAGACCCUGACAAUGGGGGAGAGGGGCCCUCACUAGUGGGGAAGUGGGACCCUGACAACGGGGAGAGAGGGACCCUUACCAUUGGUGGAACUGAGACCCUGACAAUGGGGGAAUGGAAAUGUGACCACUGGGGGAGUGGGUCUGUCACCAGUGGUGCACUGGGACCCUCACCAGUGAGGAAUUGGAAGCCUCCCAUGCUCAGGACAAUGUAGUGGAGGGUGAGUUGUGGGGGGGGGAAUCAAAUUGCCACAGCCAGUAGUCCUGAGCAUCUCUGCCCUCAGCUUCUGUCUGAUGUUCUCUGUCACCCCACAUCACUAUGCAGUGAUUCAGGACUGAGACAUAGCAGGGGUUUGGCCUUAUAUGUUGUGUAUAUUGCAGUAACAGUAAUAUCCUCGUGAGAUUCUGUUCAUUUCUUUUUCACACUGAGCUUCCUGUGAACAGACAGAUUACCUGGCUCUCACUCCAUCCUCAGACCCAGGGCUGUCUGUCAGCACAAACAGCACCUCAACCAUUACCAUUGGGUACAAGGAAUCAUUGCAGACAUCUCCGGAUGAUUCCUGUUCCAGGAGACAUAGUAAAAACAGACAAGCUGUUGAAGCAUUUUAUCUUGCAAUCAUCAGGACACAAUUGCAAGAAUGCCAAAUGUCAACCGGAACAAUGAUUUAUACUGUAUGAAAUGUAGGAAACUGAUUGGUUGGCAAGUGGAUUCUCUUUAGUUGAAAUUUCUACAGUACAUUUCAUUUUCAGCCAAUACACAGAUUCUAUCAAGAUCAAGGGUCUGUUUCUCCUGGGAGUGCGUGAUGGGGGACAGUGUAGAGGGAGCUUCACUCUGUAUCCAACC